AUGGCUGUUAUCAACUUGCCUCCAAAGCGCAAACCAGGCUCCGGACAACCGCCUUCUACGGAGAUCAACGAGCGAAAGAAACCGGGAUACAGGCGCAUUCGAUGGAGGGAAUUCGAUCCCAAUAAGAAGACCGCGAACCUAACACCAAAUCAAUUCGUGGCAUGGCAGCCUCCAGCAGUUGAGGAUGACUCUCCUGAAGGCAUGAAAAGUCCAGCGAUAACGCCAAAAGAGGAUUUCAAGGAUCGUCUUACGGUGCUUCGAUCGAACAAGCUGAUAUCCCCUCCGCCUUCACCACUGCAACCGUUGCCAUUGAAUGGCACCCGCGACAAUCCAUUUUCGGUCUUGCCAAUCAAGAGGACCGAAUGCGUGGUGGAAACGUUGGACUACUUCGUGACCAUGUGUAGUGGAAUCCAGUAUCAGCAGACACCCGUCACAAAGACUCCAAAUCCCCACUUGUCGUUAUUGCUUCCCUUCGCCCUAGAAAAUUCUCUUUUAUUCGAAUCGAUUGUUGCUGUAUGUCGGGCAUCGAUAUUACUCUCACUCGGCAAGUCGGCAUAUGAAGACCCGGCUUUCAUUCAGCACCGAGGAAGUGCUCUUGCCGCACUGAAUGUCAAACUCAAGUCAAAGACAUGCACUGAUGAUGCAGCGCUUCUUACCGUUGUGAUGCUUAUGACCUUGGAGUACCUCACGGGCAAUCAUUACGGUGUCACGAUGCAUUGCAAAGGGUUGGAGAAAAUGCUCCAGCUUAGGGGUCCAUUGCCAGAGGACUCGGAUCCCGACAGCAUCAAGUCUGAUUGGGUGCGCUUUGUGAAGACUGGACUCGUCGGAUACAAAGCAUUAGGAUCUUUUGUGACUGGUCAGCCACCUGAUAUUCCGUCAAGUUCCCUGGGAUUUGCAAGCGAGACAUUCGAGGCGCUGGACCUCGACAAACCACUGUCUUACCCGGAGAAGCCAUUCGGGGAAGAUCUGUGUCUCAUUUUGUCACGCCUCCCCUCUGGAUUCUCCGAGCUAUGUUUGAUGUCACACUUGUCCAAUCAGUUGAUCAAUACUCUAGCAUCGAUCGGUGCUGCGAAGACGCAGUUCGAAAUAUCAAGCGACAAAGAUUCUCCCAAAUAUUCUUUGGCUAGUGGUUUCAUGUCUGCAGAAACACCCAAUCACGACAGUCAGCAAAUGACAAUCCAGAACCUGUUGUCAGCACUACAGCGUCUGAGCCUCAUGUCCCCGAACAUACUCGAGACCUACCUGUCAUUCGGCCUCAUAUCAUUCAUGUUCCAAUUUCGAAGUCUUGCGCCACUCAAUCUCUUCUACGAUCCAAUCUUACGACAAUUUGUCGCUAUUCUGCCACACCAUUCGAAGCCAGCGGGGAUCGAAGAGCAAUACGCUCUGAUCUGGACAAGCCUCUCGGUCGCCGGCUCCUUAGGACUACGCGGAGCCCAAUUGCCAGAAGGUCACACGGUCAUGGACCAUAUGUUAGACCUCUAUCCCGAAUCAAGGAAAUGGUCUCGGUUGGAGAAGAUCAUACGGAGUUUCUUCUGGACCGACGAUAUCCUGGUCCAUUGGAAGGGUGUCUGGGAAACAGCAAUGACACGGCGGACGCUUUUGCUGAAAAGGAACAACUCUGCAGCCGACGUGGUCAGACUCGAACCUCCUCGCCCUUCUCCUGAGUGGAUCAAAAAUCACAUCAUGGGCGCUCCACGAGAGAUGCGUGAAAUGGGUGAAGCUCUUGGUAUUUGCCCUUUCCGUCCUCGAUCCACGACAUCUCCAGGGGAUUGA